CGCACGGGCUUCGGCUCCAGCUCCGGCUCCGGCGCGCUCCGAGCGCUCGCUCGCUCGCUCUCCCUCCUGUCUGCGGCGGCUCCGGCGGCGGCUCCGGCGGCGGCUCCGGCUCGGAGGGCCGCUCUUGGUCCCGCGCCCGGGCUCGGCUCCCGGAAGCUCGGUCCCCGGGGCGGCGGAGCAGGCGGGCGGAUGCGCCGGGGGCCCGGGGCCGCCAUGCGGGCCGAGGUGGCCUCGGCCGCCGGCUUCAUCACGCGGCUGCUCCGCGGCCCCGGGGGCUUUGCCGAGGAGCAGCUGCAGCUCUUCCGCGAGUCUCUGCAGGAGGCGCUCACAGAUCACUACCAGCACCACUGGUUCCCUCGGACGCCGUCGCGGGGCUCCGGUUACCGCUGCAUCCGCAUCAACCACCGCCUGGACCCGCUGGUGGGGCGGGCGGCGGGAGAGAGCGGGCUCAGCCCCCGGCGCCUCUUCCAGCUGCUGCCCCGAGAGCUGACGCUGUGGGUGGACCCGUCCGAGGUGUCCUACCGCAUCGGCGAGGACGGCUCCAUCGGGGUUCUGUACCGCGGGCCCCCGGCGCGCAGCCCGCCCAUCGGCGCCCCCGACGGCCGGGGCCCUCGCUACCCCGGGGAGUGGCGGCGCGGGCCAGCCCGGACGGCCGCCUGAGGCCUGAGGCCGCGGCCGCCCGGGCCCUGUACACUGUGUAUGUAUGUAGUGUGUGUGUGUCUGCUUUGAUAAUGCACAGAGAGGAUGUAAUGGAAAUGCUGAUUUUCACCCCCUAGCCAUUAAAGUUGGAGUAGUAGUACCUGUACCUACCGUGCGUGCCCUGGCGGCCCCGGGCUCCCCUCCCCCCCUCCCCCUCCUCCCUCUCCUUCCUCUCCGUGCUCCCCCUGUCCUCCUCUGCCUCCUCUCCCUCCUGUCUCGAGACUGGCCCCCUCGGGCUCCCUCCCAGGGCCGCCUCGGCGCCGGGCUGGGAGGGGGGCCCCCACCCGGACGGGGAUCGGGGCUUGUAAAUGAAAUGUACAGUCUGGUUGUUUUUCAGAGUUCUAUUUUGAGAGAAUGAAUGAGUGAAUCCCUGGCUCCUUGUAAUAAAAGACCGAAUGCUUGUA